AUUACCUCAUAUAUAUAAAAAAGGGAGAAAUGGAAGCUCUUCAAUCAUCGAUUUGAUCAGCUUCCAAGCAAAGAAACACAUUGGGUUUUGCAAAGGAAAAUCUGGGGUGGAUUCUUCGUUGAUUAUAAUAUUGUGUUUUGAUUUUUAUUUGGACCUCUCGUUUCAGAUAGAGAAUGAGUGAUCAUCUGGGUUUAUGUAUGGACCGGCUAGCAACACCCGAUAUUUCGCAACUGGUGCAAGAAGCCGAGGUUGCGGGAUCUUCCGGUGAAGAUUCUUCUAUAGUUGUUAAGCCAGAUGUUUGUGCUAUUGGUGUUGAGGAUGUGGAAGAACAUGGUUCGUGUGAUGAAGAAGAACCACUCAUCCGGACGGUCGAAUGCCGAAUCUGCCAGGACGAGGAUGGCAUUGAAAAUUUGGAGACACCUUGUUCAUGCAAUGGCAGUUUGAAGUUUGCUCAUAGGAAAUGCAUUCAGCGUUGGUGCAAUGAGAAGGGAGAUAUAAUUUGUGAGAUAUGCCAUCAGUCUUACGAACCGGGAUAUAUUGUGCCACCUCCUCCUCCUCCUCAGCCUGAGGUUACUACAAUUGAUAUCAGGCAAGUCUCACAACCAUGCACUUACCAAUUGAUCAUUGUAGAUAUGAUAAGAUCAGUUGAGUGGACAGUAUCUGGUGCUUCGUUGGGUUACCAACAAAUUUUAGCAGUGGCAGCAGAACGCCCUAUUUUUGGUUGGGUCAAGGAAUCACUGCUAAUAUCCUUGUUCUUAUUCUGUUUAGAUCUUAUUUUAUCCGUUUAUUUGCAGAUACUUGCUCUUCUAUUCUUGAGGCAUGUUUUGUACCUAGCCAGUGGAGACACAGACGAUGAAUUAUCUCAAUAUAUCUCUAUUUCCCUCCGUGCUGCUGGCCUUCUUCUCCCCUGUUACAUUGUGUCCAGGACUAUCAGCAUAUUGCAGCGCCGUAGGGAGCAACAGGAAGCCGCAGCUGUCGCAGCACCUGACGUUGCUGUAAUGAUUCAAGCAGCGCAACCUCGGGCCAUACGUUACAGUGUAGCACCGGGACCUUCAGCGACACCACAACAGGAGCCACUUCAAUAACACGACAGUCGUUUUCUCUGGAAAGAAGCUUCGGUAGUGGAGAAGAUUAUGUAAUUCGGACUCGACAUAAAUGUUGGAUACAGGUAUUUGUCCGGCAUAGGUAUAUUCAAUUUUCUUUUCUUAGAAGUUUUUCCAUAUAUAUGGAGGAUCCUUUCUCCAUAUAGCGUCCGAAUAUGUAUCGGACGCAUAUGUAGAAUACAUGUAUUUUAGGGAAGAUGAAGAAUCCAACAUGGGAUUCUUCUUUUCCAUAUUUCAAGGAUGAAAUCUUCUUGAA